CGCUCUUUCCUUCUCUUUGUCGCUCACAACGUUUCAAAUUAUAUUCAAUUCAAAAUUAAAAUCAAACCAUUUCAUUUUCCAAUUUCUUUCCUUUCUGUUUUAUGAAACAUGGUUGAUUUAGAUUGGAAAGCUAAGAUGGUAUCCUCUGAUCUUCCAAACAAAUCCCCCAAACUCUCUAACAAGCUUAAUGUUAGUAUUCCUUCUACAACGCCGUUCCGUGGUGUUACCAAUUUCUCACCGGUUUCAGCUUCCGAUCCCGCUUGUGCAGCCUACGAGCACUAUCUCCGCCUAGAUGAACUGAGGAAGUUGUGGAGUACUAAAGAGUUUCCUGAUUGGAAAAACGAGUCGAUUUUGAAACCGGCUUUGCAGGCUUUAGAAAUUACAUUUCGGUUCGUUUCUACGAUUUUGUCUGAUCCGAGACCGUACGCGAAUCGGAGAGAAUGGAAACGGAGGCUUGAGUCUCUCUCUACUUCACAAAUUGAGCUGAUUGCUAUGCUCUGUGAAGAUGAGGAAGAAGAAGGAGAGACACGCGGUACGGCACCAAUCGUCGAUUUAAGCUCAUCUAAUGGUGUUUUAGCUCGCGAUGGGAGCUACGCUGAGGUGUGGAAGGUCUCACCGGAAACCACCGUGGUCAACAGGACAAGCGAGGCCAGCUUGCUCCCUCGCCUGGCGACGUGGCAGAAAUCAGAGGACAUCGCGCAGAAAAUCCUCUACUCAAUCGAAUGUGAAAUGAGGCGGUGUCCUUACACUCUGGGUCUAGGAGAACCAAACCUCGCCGGUAAACCUAAUCUCGACUACGACGCUGUUUGCAAACCGAACGACGUUCACAAUCUUAAGAAGAGUCCGUAUGAUCACAUAGACAACCAUGAGAACCAAACGCUGUACACAACGCACCAGAUUCUAGAGUCAUGGAUCCAAGUAGCUAAAGAACUCAUUAAACGCAUAAUUGAAAGAAUCGAAAGCAAGAAAUUCGGCAAAGCAUCAAGUGAUUGCUAUAUGCUGGAGAGAAUCUGGAAGCUUCUAUCAGAAAUUGAAGAUUUGCAUGUAUUAAUGGAUCCUGACGAUUUCUUGAGACUCAAAAACCAGCUCUUAAUGCGAUCGCGGGACGAAUCGGAGGCGUUUUGUUUUAGAUCAAAAGCGCUGGUAGAGAUAACGAAAUCGUGCAAGGAUUUGAAACACAAGGUACCGGAGAUUUUAGAAGUAGAGGUGGACCCGAAGGGUGGGCCAAGGAUACAGGUGGCGGCGAUGAGAUUGUACAGCGAAAAAAGGGAGUUUGAGAAGAUUAGUUUGCUUCAAAGCUUGCAAGCAAUGGAGGCGGGGUUGAAGAGGUUUUUCUACGGGUAUAAGCAGCUGUUGGUGAUGGUUAUGGGGAGUUUGGAGGCUAAAGGGAACCGAGUUUUGGUGAGUCCAGAGGCUUGCGACUCACUGAGUCAGCUGUUCCUUGAGCCGACUUAUUUCCCGAGUUUAGAUGCAGCUAAAACCUUUUUGGGCGAGUUUUGGAGUCAUGAACACGGUGUGUCGGAAAAACGGAAUCGCAGGAAACAGUGAUAGGUAAAUGGAGGAGGAGCGGGUGGAUUCGAUGGGAACUCGGUUUGACAGACUCAGCUGCUUGAAAAUUCUAGUUUGAAAAAUCCAAUAGAUAUACACAGUUAUUCAUUUUCUUUUCUUUUUUUUUAAAUUAUUUGUACCAACAGUAUUCGAUAUUGUAAAAAUUUUGAAAUAUAUAUAUAUAUAUAUAUAUUUAUUGUAACA